GGACCCUUUGUGACACGUGGUGACAUAGGAGCUGGCGGUGACAAGGCCAUGCCACAGUGCUCCAAGCACUUGACAGGACAGGACGGGACAGAGCAGUGCUGUGAGGAGCCCCCACACAGCGCACUCGUUCGUGUCUGACCUGGAGCUUUUCCGAGGUGUUAUUACUGCAGCUGACCUCGAGAACUUGCUGACCCGUGGCCUUCCCGAGGCUUCUCUCCUGCAAGUAGCCACAAAUCCAGCCACUGACAUGGACCAGAGACCCCCAAGAGUGCCCAAGCUGGCCUGGGUGGAGGAAGAGGAAGAAGGCCCUGGAGUUGCCCCUGCACACGAGACUGAAGAAGUGGUGCCAUUCAAGCAGCUGCAGGAGGGUGCAGCCGUGCAGCGCACACAAGAGCAGAAACGCACCCGUGGCCGCUUCCGCAGAACAGCGCAGCUGGUUUGCAAAUUCAUGAAGAGGAUCCGGGAGGAAGAGACCACCAUGGGCACAGGGCCCAGAGCAUAUUCGCACAUCUUCAAAACCCAGACCUGUGCUGCCCUGGCUGAUAUGCUGGUAGAGGAGGGGUUUUCCAAUCCAAAGCAAGUGCCCGCCAUGGUGAGGUACAUCCACCAGUGGCUCGAGGCCAACCAGUUUGCUGAGCACAGGCUGAACAGGACCCUGCUGGAUCUCACCGAAGAACGGCCCGCUGACGUAGUCAUGACGCUCCUGCGUGUGGCCCCAUUGUGUGACAGAGCUGCUUUGACCAUGUGGAAGAGCAUCAUGUGUUCGCCCAGGACUGCAGAGCCGGCCAUGCUCGUACUCCUCGAUGUGCUGGGCAGCUGGCCAGAGCACAGCACGUGCACCUCCGAUGGGGACAAAACGGGUGUCUUUGUCCUGGCUGUGAGUUUCUGCAACUGGCCUUUGCUGGCCCAAGGCCACCUCUCCAGCAGCUCUCCAUCCUCCCUCCCUCACGGCGUCUCCCUGCCUCAGGCGCUGGGCUGAAACCUGGCCUCGGGGCAGCUUCAGGGCCACCAGGCCCGGUGCUCCCCUGUGGCUCUCCAGGCCUCUCCCUCCCGUUCUCGGGCCCUGCCACACGAACACCUCGGCACUGAGCGCUGUCUCGGGCUGCUCUGUCCUUUGCAGGCAACUGUGCUGAUGUGGAAGAUCCUCCAGCUGCCCUGUGUCCCACAUAUGGUGACUGUGUAUCUCCCCCACCUAUUGGUGCAUCUGCUCU